GGCCGCCUCGGGCGUCACCAACACGAUCGACGCCCACUCGUGCGGCCUUCGUCCGCUCCACUCCACGCACUCGAUGCCCAUCGCGUCGCACCGGUCCUUGAUGUCGCCGCGCAACGACACCAACGGCACCACCACGACCGUCAACCCACCCGCCGCCGCCGCGCACGCCGCCGGCAACAUGAACAACAUGCUCUUCCCGCCGCCCGUGCCCAUCACCACCACCACCGGGCUCUCCUGUCACAUGAUCGCCUGCAACGCGGCCUCCUGUACCCCACGGAACCGCGCCUCUGGCCCCAACAUCCGCCCCAACUCCGCUCCAAUAUCCACCUGCCGCAUCUUCUUCCACCGCCGGUCCUCCUCCGCUGCCGCCUGCCGCGUAACGUCGGCUAAUCGGGACGGUCUCGCCUCGCCGCUGCCACCUUCCCUCUCCCGCACGACGGAAUCGAACAUGCAAAACGCGUGCCACUCGCGGCUAACCCGCUGGAACCCGAUUCGCCGGGCCUCGGUGCUGAACAACGACUCGGCCGUCGACCGCCCGUAAACUCGCUUCCAUGCUCGUGGCAAACCGCCGUACGGAACGCGGGCAAUGGUGUGAAUAUCUCGCUGAGCGUUACCAUGGUUCACCGCUCGCUCGCUCUCGUAUACUUUUUUAUCUUCUUAUAUUAGAUCAAUAUCCGGCUGAUCGCUCCUACCUUGCUGGUACUUCUACUGCGGCUUACCUAACCUAACCCAUCACCUCGUAAAAC